AUGUCAAGAAAAUAGUAUAAUUAACGAUCAAAGGGGAAUCCUAAGUAGUAGGACACCACCUCGGACAUCUUAUUUAGGAAGAUGCUAUUUUGCUCGAUGGAGAAGAAGGAGAGAUCAUACGGGGUGAAGACACUUCUGAAGAUGAAAAUGAUGGAGAUUGGAAUUGACUCUGAUAUCAACGAAAGAUGGGCCAAGUACUCUAUGAGGGAGGCCUUCCUUAUAAUCGCUCCGAAAAUCUGGAUUCGCAAAUAAAGGGAAGAGAAAAGAUUUUAAAGAUUUUCAAUUGGAAAAAUUUUUAGAAUUAAUUAGAAUCUAACAGAAAAGCAAUUAGAUUUAAUAUGGAAGGAUACCUGAAAGUGCAACCAGAGAUUAUUCAUGCGUGACUAAUCAUAUAUCGACGGGAUCAAUUCCAGUGUAGAUAAACUCAAUUCUUGGGAGCACUUAACCACAAAAAAGGUAUAUCACUUAUUCACAGAUGACAUAGAUGUGGUUUACCAUGUUCUAUUACUUAGGAGUUAAGUCGAAAGUUUGAAGUCAUUUUUCUAGAAAAGAGCCAAUGA